AUGUCGGCAGCCAUAGCUGAAAUUUCUCCGUCGCCCGGCCGCAGAACACCUGGGAGGAUGGGCGGUAAGCGGUCAGGGCGUGCCGCUGAUUCGGACCGUGUACGGACGCACUUGUUUUUUACGAAGCAAACAGAACGACAACAUCAAAAAAGAAAGCGCCGAGCUCAGAACAAACUGCAUCAAGUAACACAUAAGAAGGACGAGAUGAUACAAACAGCGAAUGAACUGGACCCAUCUCAAUGGACCGGAAAUCAGCGUGUUCUACAUUUUGGUCCUAUGGCUCAAAGGGAUCCCUACUUCUACUACUACCCAAAGGGAUGGGAUGUGCUCUACCCUGCUCAUUUCGGGUUCUUUCCCUACCGUACUACGAAAUUUCGAGGCUCAUCUUCCAUCGUGUGCAUAUGUGCCUUUGGAGUUUUCAUGAUUCUUGGAGGAGCUCUCAUGGUCUACAUGGGUUUCUUUGUAAUGCAUGACACGCCAUUUUGGACUUGGGCAGCGGAGCGGAGGAAACGUCCACCGCCAAUUCAAGUCGUAGGACCAGUGCUGUUUGUGUUUUUCAAAAUGUAUCUACAUCACACUAAGCGCCACGAUGAACCAGCCAGAGUUACUAAAAUAACAACCACCCAUCAGGUAGUUCCUCCAGUUUUCGAAAAGCAUCCGUAUCAACCGCUCCCUCCUCCAGCUUAUCCUGUGUUGGAGAACAAAUAUGCUCACUCGUCCAUUGUUCGUCCCCACGAUGAAAUGAAGUUAUAUCCACCAGUAAUCCCGGGCUGUUCAACACUAUCGCUCCACCGAAAGUCUCCAAGCAGUAUUUUUGUUGCAAGUCCAUACAAUACUUUACGAGCCACAAGCGUAGCAAAGUACCACCAUGGUAUUGAAAAAGGAUCCACCACUGGGGAUCGCAGAAGGACUGGCUCAACAAUAAGUCGCAAACCAUCUAUGGACAGUGGUACUCAUAAACGAUCGAAAAGUGCUGGUCCUCUCCACAGAAGUGAAGUGGUUUCCUCUGAGCUAAUACGAGCUGAGUUUGCUUUAUCUGUUGAGUUCGUAUCCGGUGAAGUGGUCACGUCGUGGUUCGUGGUUGUAGUUGUGUUGUUCCUGUGCACUGGUUGCUUAUGCUAUACUUUUAUGGGUAAUUCGCUCAACUGCUUCCGCCGUUCCCGAAAGCACAAGUUCGCCCCCAUCGAUGAUUACAAGUCGUCACCUAUCGUAGUGAAGUUUGCACCUAUUGUGUAUCCAGAGCACUUUGUUGAAGAUAUGGUGGAGGGGAGCGCACGAAACGAACGAACGGGCGAGAGUGCGACUCCCUACGAGGACGACUCCCCCGAAAACAAUGACGAUGUUCUGAAUGGUUCUGAAGAACCAACACCAGUGGCAGUGACGCAGACAGAGACGACGAGCCCCAGUCUGGAUCCGCAGACGAUGGAUCAGCAGUCUGCCUCAACUGGUAGCACGAUCCCAAUUGAUCACUUCCCUAUUCAGCGAAGGUUUAAUUACGUACCUGUGAAUACGGUGAAUUUUGCACUCCCGGAAGGCUAUUCGACUUCUCGAGAAGAUAUCAAAUUCCUCGGUUCUGGUGCUUAUGGGAACGUGAUCAAAACUACUGUCAAAUGUCGCGAUGGAGCUGUCCGAGAAGUCGCAGUGAAGAAGUUCAGGGAUCCAUUCUCAGACAAUGCUCAGGCGCGCAUGAUUUAUCGUGAGAUUAAGCUUUUGCAAAUCAUGCGACAUGAUGGUGUCAUUCGAGCUAUUGAUCUGUAUACACCCAAUAAUGUGGAGCACGAAUUCAAGGAAUUAUAUGUUGUCACAGGAUACGCUGGCGAUAGUAUUGUAAAAAUUCUACACGAUCAAAAAGUAACUGGAAGAGUCCAUAUCACUCCUGAACACGUUCCUUUCAUUAUUUAUCAACUUCUGAGGGUUUUGAAAUACAUACAUUCUGCAAAUAUAAUUCACAGGGACCUUAAGCCAGGUAAUCUGGCCUUGACAUGUGAUAGUGACCUUACCGUGUUGGAUUUCGGCAUGGCACGUUCCCUGGAACGAACUGAUACUUCACUCACGCAAUAUGUUAUGACUAGAUGGUAUCGUAGCCCUGAAGUAAUUUACUGGAAUAUUGACGGCUACAACGAGCAAGUUGAUGUCUGGUCAGUUGGCUGCAUAACGGCUGAAUUGAUGUUAGGGAAACCGCUAUUUCCUGGUGAAGAUACAAAUGCACAAUAUGAAAUGAUAACAGAGUUAUGCGGCAGUCCUGACGAUGAUCUAAUGAGAAAGAUAGAGGCUAAUAGUCCGGCUACGCGGCGUGUCGUCGAAUCGUAUCGACAUCAUGAGCGUCAAGAUUUCGCCAAGCGUUUUAUUGGAUGUCCUCGUUUGUUCGUGGAUUUUCUUGACAAAAUUUUGGUGCUGGAUCCUGAAAAGAGGCUUACCGUUGAACAGGCUUUGGCACAUCCUUAUUUUGCUGAUUAUGUGGAUGCUUCCGACGAACCCACCGCCACAUCCUCGUUCGACUUGAAUGAUAAUCCAAGUAGGACGCGAGAUGAGUGGAAAGGGAUUAUCUGGCAAGAAAUCCAGAAUUUUGUUGGUGACGAGUGUUCUCCGGAAAUUCCCUCGUAUACAGAGUACUGA